AUGGAGACGGCCAACAGCAAAAACCUCAAGCUCCAGGACCUGCUUCAGGACCUGCCUCACGAGGUCCUGUUCCUUAUUCUCUCCUACCUCCCGUACGAAACAUUGUUAGUCCUGCAAAAGACAUCGCCCUUCUGGCGGCAUUUUAUACACAACAGCCCAGUGUUUUGGCGCAAUCUUGAAUACGUCACGACUGCGGAAUCAGCCGAUACUAAGGGAGUCUCGCCCGGAAAAAAAACGAAAGUUGUCGAAUACCUCGAGAAAAAUACGCCGGAGUUGGUGUACGUGGAUUAUGACAUCCAUUACCUCGUGAAGCGCAGAUAUGAAACACCAGAGAAGCUUGAGUCCGUCAUUCUUUUUUCUCUGCCGCGCUUUCUUUCCUUCUACGACGCAGUUAAGAGAGAAGAAGGUAUUCAGGAGGCUACAGAGAACUCCUCUGUACCGGAAACAGUCGAGAGCAAGUACUUGGAUUUGGAAGCCCUGCCUCGCGAGAUCCUGCUCUUAAUCAUCUCGUACCUUCCGUGCAAGACUCUGGUAUCCAUGUGCAGUCUAUCGCACUUCUGGCGCGAGCUCAUAUGCAAUAGUCAAACAUUUCGGCGCGAAUUUGAGUUUAUCAAAGAUGGGACAGUGACUGAAGACAGUGUUGUCGCGUACAUCGCGAAGAAUGUGCCGGGAUUCGUGCGUAUCAACGCUAUGAAUCCGCUCUUCUGGCGGAUACGAGAGGAAGAACUUCCAGCUCUUGAGGGCUCAAGAGUAGAAUACGACGAAGAGAUAUUCCUUUCUCUGCCACGCUUCCUUGCUCGAUACAGCGCAAUCAAAAGGGACAACAUUUCAAUGCGUCGGUUCAUUGACUUGUGUACUAAACAGACCGUUGAGGAGGAAUGGAAAGGUGAGCGCGAACUUGAUCCGAUUUCUUCCGAACUAGUUUGGCAUAACUUUUCGGCUCGAUUCUUGUACUUGUGUUCUCCACUCAGUGAUAUUAUGUUUGAGGACUGGUCGUUUCGUGAGAUAUGCACACAUAUUCAUUUGCGCUUGAACACGUGGGAUACUACGGUGUGGAAGUGCGGGAGCAAUAAAGAUAAAUAUAAUUCUCGAAUAGCAAGGGAGAUUUUGGGAGGCGCUCGGAUGCUCAGUCUUCCGCUCGAUGCGAUGAUGUCAUUUCUUUGCUCAGUCGUCGAGGAUAGUCGGGUACAACCAAGUGUGGAGUACCUACGGUUCCUUGUUCAGCCAGGAUCUUCAGUUACUAUCGAGAGCAAGCCACUCAGAUAUAGCGAUAAAUUUGAAGGUCUACGAGUGCUUAUCAUUAAUGAUGCCAAGCAAGGGGAUUCUUGUUCUCCUCCUCCUCGUCACGAGAUUUCUCAGAAUCUGCUGGCCCAGAUUUUGCAAGCUAUGCCUGACCUGAGGAAGCUUGUGCUAUGCGACUUUCACGUGUCGUCUGAUGAUGGUAGUGGGCUGGAAAAGCAAGAGGUCCUUGAUAUGCGUCAGUGCAAACGUCUCCUUCGUGUUGAUUUCUCCGGGACCAAGUUUGCGUGCGGUUUCCCUCUACUGAGUGAUAGAUUAUAUCAUUCUAUCAAGCUCUGCCGGUCCCCACAUAUUGCAAAUAUGCUUGAAGCAGGCAGUAAGGGUCUAUGUGUUUUUCCAAGAACAUUAACUCUCGAUCUAAGUGGCAACUCCGACAUCACUGAUGCGAUCAUGUUAAACUAUUUUAUCCACAUGUAUGAACGGGGGUGUUUGACGGGCGAACUUGCGCUGAGGAAUUGCCCCGGACUUGGCUUCUCGUCUCAAUUGCACGAGCAUCUGAUGCACUACCACACGAUUGACCUGAGCCGAAACAAAGCCGUCACAGAUGAUGUCCUAUCUGGCUUGCUUCAGACUGCGGACGCGGCUAGAAAGAGGUUUAGCAAUCCCUUAGCAACCAAUGUCUGUCGGACGUCAAUGACUGAACAGACAUACAGGCGGAUGAUGAAGCAGAAUAAGCUUGUGCAUGCGUACUGGUGCGGACUUGAGGAAAGUAGGGAGAGUCUAGCAGAAAAGAGGUGGGAGGAAUCGAUUUCUGGCUUUAUGUUAUGA